AUGAUUCCGCUUUCCCGUCGAAACGUAGCCACCAGGGCGGCCUCGUACACUCGACAGAGCCUUCCUCGACCGGCUCGUCUCUACUCGACCCCCAGUCAAAGGCUCAAUGCUCCCGCGGAAGUGUUUUCGGCCUCGUCUACUCCCCCACCCGAGUAUCCUGCCUACCUCCCUUCUCCCUCUGCUGUUCCCUCCACUGCUUCCUCGGCGGACCUACAUCGCGACCUCGAUGCAUUCCUCAAAACCCGCCCAUCCUACACCGUCCUUCCAAACCCGUCUGUCGAGCCAGGUGUCCACCCAGAACUCUAUCCGGACGGUGAUACUCAGCACUCGGUCGCGAUCAUCGACGCCUGUCUGAGCGAGUAUACCGACGUCCCCCGCGCGAAAGCCAUCUUCGAACGCCUCCAGUCGAGCACCACCGGUGCCGCGAUCCUCAAUUCCGCGGUGUACAACCGCCUUCUCGGCGCGUACGUCGAGAUGGCGAUCAAGCGCGACCAGUUCAAUGUCGAAAACUGGCUCGCGGACGCCCGCGCCCUCUACCUGGAGAUGGAGAAAAGCGGUGCGAGCAAGAUCGUCCCCACUCCGCACACGUACGCCACCAUGCUCCGGGCAUGGGUCUGCGACCAGCGCGCAGGGCCGCGGCGACGGCGUUCUGAAGACGAACUCCCAGACCCAGGCAGUCUGAUGGACGCUUUCCUCGCGCGUCGGAUCGCGCCGACGCUGGUGGUGUCGGACCGCGUGUUCGUGGACAACGAGGAGGCGCAGGAGGCGAUCACGGCCUUGUCGAGGGCGGCCGUGGAGAAGGGCCAUUCCGCCGUGAUCUCGGAGCUGGGUCUGGCGCAGGAGUUGGGCAAGCAGUAUGAAGACCCUCGGGAGAAUGUGCCGGACGUCAUUCCCGUUACAAGAAAGGUGAGCAUCAAGGUGGCGCGCAAUCCGGACGGGUCGAUAUCACAGGUCGUGUCCGAAGAACCAUUGCCUCAAAGCGAAGUGCCGUUCAAUAUCAACAUCCUCCGUCGCCACCUCAGUCAGACUAUACUCGCCCGACGAGUCUUGGCCACCGACGCCGCGACUCGACAGCGCAUGCUGGAACAGUCUACGUACAGCAUCGCUGCGGAGCGCAUGAAGCACCAGGCGGAAACGUUGGGGGGUCUGGGCUUGCAGCAGGGUCUCAAUCGUAACGACCUUCGGACAUGGAUGUGGGAGUGGCACCAGAAACUCCGGGAACGUCUCAAGGGCGAAAUCGACAAUCUCGUCGUAGAGGAGCGCGUCCUUGGUGAGUCGAAGACAAAGCGGUCGCACAAGGCGGAAGAGGGGUCACUCUCCCCGUUUCUGAGGCUUAUCUCUGCGGAAAAGCUGUCGCUCAUCACGAUCCUCGAGAUCAUGCAACUGUACAACACGGGUGGCGUACAAGACGGCAUGAAAACCGCGCGCGCGCUGCUUCAUAUUGGGCGCGCCAUUGAGAUGGAGUACAAGGCUGAGAUCGCGAAGAAGAGCGCUAUCCCGGUCGUUGUUGCGAGUGCGAGCCCAGUGAGGGGAAACUUGUUUUCAACCCAGGGUUACCAGGACCUCUACACGCGCCGGAUGCAAGUGCGUCAGUACAACGAGGAGUCGGAGGACUGGUCGUCGGAAUGGACAGCGAUAGUCCGCAUCAAGCUCGGCAGCUUCCUUCUAGACUCGCUCAUGGAUGUCGCUACCGUCCAGAGGACCGCCAAGGAUUCCAGGACAGGAGAGACUUGCACCGAGGAACACCCUGCGUUCUACCACACGUACGAGUACGUUCGAGGUCAGAAACUUGGGAUAUUGAAGUUCAAUCCCGCCGUGGCCGCCCGUAUGGCGACUGAACCUGUCGCGGAUUCGCUUCAUCCUCGAUACUUGCCCAUGGUGACCAAACCUAAGCCUUGGACGGCUCCCAAUGUUGGCGGUUACCUCGAAAGUCGCUCGUACAUCAUGCGCUUCAAGGACUCCCGCGAACAAGCCAACUAUGUGCAAGCCGCGGCUGAGGACGGUCGGAUGGAGUACAUAUACAUCGCACUGGACGCACUAGGCGGCACUCCUUGGCGGAUCAACAAGGACGUCUUCAACAUCGUGCUCCAGGUAUGGAACUCAGGCGAACGGUUCGAAAAAAUCCCUCCUGCCAUCCCGGACGAGCCCAUGCCGGAGCCCCCUGCAAAUUACGAGGUCGACCAGUCUGCCAGGACCGUCCAUCAGAGACGUAUGAAGAGAUGGCAGCAGAAUGUGGCAGAGAACCACUCCGAUCGGUGUAGUAUCAACUACAAGGUCGAGAUCGCGCGAGCAUUUCUGGGCGACACCUUCUACCAGCCUCACAAUCUCGACUUCCGUGGCCGCGCAUAUCCCAUGCCUCCGCACCUGAACCACCUCGGAGACGAUCUCUGCCGUGGUCUGCUUCUGUUCGAGAAGGGGAAGCGGCUCGGCGAGCGUGGUCUUCGGUGGCUCAAGGUCCAUCUCGCCAACGUUUUCGGAUACGACAAGGCCAGCUUCGACGAGCGUGUCGCGUUCGUCCACGAGCACUUGGAAGACGUCUUCGACAGCGCAGACCAUCCACUCGACGGCAAGCAGUGGUGGAGGAAAGCGGACGACCCGUGGCAGUGCCUCUCGACGUGUAUGGAGGUCGCCAAAGCGAUGCGGUCGCCCGUGCCCGAAGACUACGUCUGCGCGCUUCCUGUGCAUCAGGACGGGACUUGCAACGGGCUACAGCACUAUGCCGCGCUUGGCGGCGACCCAGAGGGUGCUGCGCAGGUGAACCUAGCCGCCGGAGACCGCCCGUCGGACGUGUACACGUACGUCGCGCGUAUGGUGGAGGACCAGAUGGACAAGGAUAUCGAACGGGGUUCCGAGAUCGCGAAGCUCCUGCAGGGGAAGAUCACCAGGAAAGUCGUCAAACAGACGGUCAUGACUACCGUUUACGGCGUCACGUUUGUCGGUGCACGCGAGCAGAUCGAGCGUCAGCUCGAGGCCCGUGGAGACAUUCCCGCCGAGCUCGUUUGGGACGCGUCGUCGUACCUGGCGAAGCUCGUGCUCGGGUCCAUCGGCAACUUGUUCAAGGGCGCUAAAGACAUCCAGAGUUGGUUGACGAUGAGUGCGCGUAUGAUCGCGAAGUCGAUCCCCGAGGACCGUCUCGAGAAACUGAAGACGGACAAGACCGCCGAGUGGAAACAAGACCAGAUGACCUGCGUGGCAUGGACGACUGCGCUCGGGCUGCCAAUCGUGCAGCCGUACCGUGCGCUCCGCAAGCGGCAGGUGCUCACCAAAAUGCAGACGGUGUACAUCGCGGACCCGAACAUGAGCUCGGUCGUGAACUCGACGAAGCAGGCGGCAGCGUUCCCACCCAACUUCAUCCACUCGCUCGACGCGACACACAUGAUGCUCACCGCGCUCGCGUGCGCGGAGAAGGGCAUCGAAUUCGCGUCCGUGCACGACUCAUAUUGGACGCACGCGUGCGACAUUGACAAUAUGUCGGCCCUUAUCCGAGACACGUUCAUCUCGCUGCACUCGUCCGGCAUCCUCGAGCGGCUCGCGGAGGAGUGGAAGUCACGCUACGCGACUCACAAGGUGCCGAUCUCCUCGCUCCCCGUGUCCUACAUCAAGUCGAUGUCCCCCGAACUGCGCCAACGGUACGGUCUGGAAGCCGUGGAUCUUGAGCGUCGUACUGCGGUCGAGGAGGCUGCGGCCGCAAAUGACGCAGGGGACGAGGACGCCGGAGCCGAGGACGCAAAUAUCGACGCCGAGGUGGAGAAGCCUAAGAAGAGGAAGCCAAGGCGGAAGAACAGCCCCAACCUCAGCGAUCUCGCCGGCGUUGAGAGCGACAAGUUCAACAACGCGUUCAUCGACCUCAAUGACUUGAUCCCCCCGCUCCCGGAAAAGGGCCAGUUCGACGUCGGCUCGAUCAAGGAGUCCCAGUACUUCUUCUCGUGA